AAGGAGCUGAACUUGAAUGAAAAGUGCUGUGAUAAUACAUCAAACGUGGCUCCAUUCACCAUUGAAAAUGAAUGCCCAAUGUGUAACUGCUCGCCAUCCCCUCCUGGCUCCCUGCCAGAAACCACUGCCAAUCCAUGGACAGUACCAAGCCAACAACAGCACAGGGUGUCUUCUGGUCAAGAAUCUGUACACAUUCGCAAUUCCAACAACAACAAACCAAUCGGCAAAGCCGAGGGAGGAAAUUUGAGGAAAAAAGCAAUGCUCCAAAGAAAAUCACAAACCUGCAAAUGCCGAGAAGAGGGGAAGAGCCCAACAC